AUGUCCAACCGAACCACCAUGACUGAGUUCCUUCUCCUGGGAUUCUCUGAAGUUCGGGAGCUGCAGAUUUUGCACUUUGUGGUGUUUCUAGUGAUUUAUCUGGCAUCUAUGGUGGGGAAUCUUCUUGUCAUUGUGGUUGUAGCCCUCGACAACUACCUUCACACCCCAUUGUACUUCUUCCUGAUGAAUUUGUCCAUUGUAGACCUUGGCUUCCUCUCUGUCACCGUCCCCAAAUCCAUGGCCAACUCCCUCAUGAACACCAAGUCCAUUUCCUAUGCUGGAUGUGUUACUCAAGUCUUUUUCCUCGUCUUCUUCUUGGGAGAGGAUUUUGCCCUUCUUACCGUCAUGGCGUAUGACCGAUAUGUCGCCAUCUGCCAACCACUGCACUAUGAGACAAUGAUGAACAGCAGAGCUUGUGUCCAAAUGGCAGCUGGUGCCUGGAUAAGUGGGAUUCUCUACUCUGUGCUACACACUGGGAACACAUUUGCAUUGAGCUUCUGUAAAGGCAACAUGGUGGAUCAGUUCUUCUGUGAAAUCCCCCGGCUGCUCAAGCUCGCCUGCUCUGACUCAUAUAUGAGUGAAGUUGGGGUUAUUGCCUUUAGUAUAUGUUUAGUCUUAGGCUGCUUUAUUUUUAUUACUGUGUCAUAUGUUCAGAUCUUCAAAUCAGUGUUGAGAAUCCCCUCUGAGCAGGGCCGGAAUAAAGCCCUAUCCACCUGCCUUCCUCAUCUCACUGUCGUCUCCUUGCUUGUUUGCACUGGGGCCUUUGCCUACCUGAAACCCACCUCCAGCUCCCCAUCAGCUCUGGAUCUUGUGAUGGCUGUUCUCUAUUCUGUAUUGCCACCAAUCAUGAAUCCAAUUAUCUACAGCAUGAGGAACAAGGAGAUGAAAGCUGCCCUGAGGAGACUGACUGGGUGUAGGUAAUUCACCAAGAAUUCAGUUUCUGUCUUUAUCUAAUAAAAGUUUGCUUAUGUUGUAUUUGUUCAUUUAUGUA